GCUGCAAGCUUUGAAGGAGCAAACAUUGAUCCAACAGCAUGGGAGGAUAAAAAGAACCCUGGUGAAUCACGAUUCCCUGCUCAGAUGCGAGUUAUGACCAGGCAAGUUUGCGAGCCAUUAGAAGAGGACUCCUUCAGGCCUAUUCUUCAUCACUACAAUGGCUCUCUCUCUGUUGGAAAUAUUGGCAAAAAACAAUCCUUGAACAACAUGCCAACAAGCCAUACAGGCAACACACCUAACAUACAAUACAAUGAAGAAAAAGAGGAGGAUGAAAGUAGAAAAGGGUUAGAGAGUGGUUUGGCUGCAAUAUGUUUUGUGAAGAGUUUGAAAGAGGAAGAUGAAUGGAAAAGGAUUUUGUACAUACAGCCUAGAUGA